CGCUCAUAAUGGCUGCUCGUUUUGUUUAGUGUGGGAUUUCUGCGCCAAUAAUAUUGUUUGUGCAAAUAACGUUACGGGAUCGCUAACGAGGAUACUUUUGACAUGAGAACAACACGAGGCACCUUUCUUUCAGCACGGAACACGGAAAGUGCAUUCUGGCAUGUCCGAUCCAAAUAGCAGUGAUGAUGAUGCCUGUGCAUGCAGUGAAGGUCAAGUACGUGGAUCACACAAACGCAAAGAAAUCCACAAUGAAGUGGAAAGGAGAAGGAAAGACAAAAUCAACAUUGGGAUUUUACGGCUUGCGUCUCUGUUGCCAGACAAGGAUCCAAAGAAACAGAGCAAGAAUGGGAUCUUGGAACGGGCAUCUAAUUACAUAACAUACUUGAAAAGCCUGAAUGAAAAGCUGGUUGCAGAUAGAGUCACAGAUGUGGAAGCUACCGUUUUUGCCAGCUUACGAAAGCAGAUCCGGGAGUUGGAGGAGCUGAAUGCCAGUUAUGUGAAGCUGCUCAGUGUGGCUGGUAUUCCCCUCACAAGCUGCCCAGAAGAGAUUUGGGAACAUGCACCACGCAAGUACACCCUGAAAAACUCUCCAGAGAAGCAGCAGGCUUUGUUAUCAGCUGCGAAGGCAUUGACUGUCCCUUGUGCUCAUCAUGGUUCAACCCCAGUAGUGACAGAGUCAACAGGCAAUGUGUGUGUGAGUGUUGCAGUGACGUCGGCUACCACGACAACCACCACAACAGCGUGCAGCAUGGGUGCUAUUGCUACAACAAUGGCUCCUACUUCUACAAACAGUAUGGUAGUGACACAGGCUCUGCCAUCCGCUCCAGUAAUGUCGACAACACAACCGCCUGCCAUGACUAUGUUGCAGCAACAACCCCUGGUUGGCCCCGCGACGGCUGGCAGUGUCAUGUCGCAGCCAAUUCUUGUUCUUAAUGACCAAGGACUGCCUGUGUUGCAAAAUGUGGUCACGUUCCAGAAUACUUCAAUCAUCCUCAACCCACAAGGUGCCAUUACACGGACACCUGUCUCCGCAGUUUCAUUUCCCGGAACUGAAAUGCUUCCUGUUCAGAUGGCUAACCAACUUACAGAUGACCUUAGCCACCAUCAGGUAGCAGCACAGUCAGCCUUAGGGGGAAUUGUGCAGUGUGACCCCACAAAGCCGAAGGAGACGAGGCUUUGUGGCAUGCAUACUCCCGUACAAGGAACUGCAUUUCUUCCUGGACCAGGAGUUGUUAUGAACCAACCUAUGCUCUCAUUUGGGGCUGGAGCCAUGUUAACGAGCCAAAAUGCUGCACCAGCUAUGGGAUCGGCUUUUUUGUUGCCAUCGGGCCAAAUAAUUCCAGUGGUAACACAAGCUCCAGUCAUGGCUGCGGCAUCGCUUAACCAGCAAAAUGCGACGGGCAUUCAUCCCAGUGGAGGCAUUCCCUGUGUCAGUGCGUGUGCCACAUCAAACAGUUUUGUGAACGGGAUGGGUAAAGUAACAACUGCUCACGAUUCCUUGAGGGUAACGGUUACAGGCAGGCCUUGUGCUACAACAUGUCAGGAUCAAGUUAAUAACUGUAGCAUAUCGUCGGCUGCUUCAGCAUGUAGUCCUAUGAUUGUGCCAGCGGGCUCAUCACUACAGAUGCCAUCAAAGUCUCACGCAACGACCACCUGCCAGUCUGUGCUGUCUUCGAAAACCAUCACGUUGCACGAGCAUGCAAAGACGAAGACACCAUGUGUUGUCCACUCUACCUCAAAGCAGCCAUUGUGUUCCAUACGACCAAAGCCACAACAGCCUGUGCCGGACUCUAGUCAGAACAAGCCUAGCGGCGUUCGCAAGGGUAACAAGAAGCUCUUGCAGAGGUCACCAUCGGAGUCUGUUGCUAAGAAGCCACGUAUAGGUGACGCUGUAGCAAGGACAGAAAUGGAAGGUGCGAAUCGUGGCAUGAUGCCAUUACCAGCUGCCGCCACUUCUCAACCAUCGGAGGGCGUAAGCAGUACGAGCAACGUAGUGAGUGGUAUGAGCAGCAAGGAAGCGUCUCCCCUGACCACCGACAUACUGGCACAAGCGACAGAGUCGAUAUUCUCUGCAGGCCUGGCAGAGUUACCACCAUCUUCGGCUGUAGCAGUGACCAGAGCAGAUGCGUGUGGCACAGGUAACAAGGAUAGUGCCCCACAGAGCACCGUUUCAAAUGCGGACUCGCAGGGAGAUGCAAGAUCGAGCAGUGUUCGCACAUACGGCACUUCAAAAUCGGUGGAGAGGCAGAAGGCAUCGAGUAACACGCAACACAGCGAUGUGUGUGGUAGGCUCGAAGUGGUAUCCAAUAGUGAACCAUCUGUUAGCCAGAACACUGUGCAACAUCCUCCUAAGCGAAGUGAUAUAUUCCAACAUGCAUCAGAGAUCACUACAAGAAAUGAAGGUGCAUGUGUGGAACAGCAAGUAGUUCAGACCUCUGUGCUGAAAGAUGUUGACCAUUCUGUGCAAGACGCAGUAACGGGGAACAGCGAGCGUAGAGAUAUUUCAACCUUAAGUUUGCACUCUAUUGUGAUGGAAGAGAACAUUGACAUUUCACCUAGUGUAAGCUCCACAACAUUCACAGAUAGCUAUGUCUCUGCGAGUAACAGCCUUUCAGAAAGUAUUACAAAGAUGUCGGACUGCACUACAUCUAUCCUGUGUCAGCUCACACCACCAAGCAGCAAGAACAGUGAAGAUGGUGGUGGGAAGGCAUUUGUGUCCAGCACUGACAGCUUGGCAUCUGAGAAUGAACUGCCUCUUAUUUUGAGUAUACCCGAUGAUGAUGGGCACGCGUCACUUAACAGCAACUCCAAUCCUGGCCUUUCGUUUCCACCACUGUCUCCUGGAGACCAGCUGGAACAGGAGCUUGGUAACGGCAACAAGGGGGUGGAGAGUUCCAAUAACCUCCCCCCUUUCUCACUUACACCCCCAGUAACGCCCGUAGUAACAACAGCAGCGUCUCCUCUUCUGCAGCACCAAGAUCUGCCAACCAUUACUCCUACUGCAAACAAAGAGAAGAAAACCCAUGAGGGCUCUUUUUCAGUCAACUAUGCCACUGAUGUCUCUGAUGCGUACUCUACGUUGAGGAACCAAGUCCAGGCUACACAAACAAUCAGUGGCAGUAGAAAGCAACAACAGCAGGGUUGCCAGCAUAACGCAGGUGCACUGCAGCCCCUGCAAAGCCUCCCCGCCUCAAAACCGCCUCUGGACAAUUCGCACCAUAAUGCAGGCUUUGUUUCCAGUGCACCUGCAAUGCCACAGAUGAAUGCUAGGAGUCCACAUUUCAGCAUGGCUUCAAACAGCAUUAUGCGCAGUUUUGAAACAGAAUUUACGACACCAAAAAGUGUUGAUACUUCCUUACAUUGCAACAAGGCUCCCCCAUCUCCGUGUCGAAUGGUGAGAGAUAACAGUCGAUCAGCGACUCCAAACAAAACGCAAGCAUCCCAGUUUGCACCUCCUCUCAAUCCAUACCAAAGUGCACCGACAUCGUUCCCAUGCACAUAUCACCUUUCUUCACGUGGGAACAUCAACAGCACAGCUCAGAACCACUCAGCAAUUUCAAACUACUCAGCAGAAGCGCUCAUUGGUCUGUCGACAAGCCAACCACAAUCGCUAUAUCAGGUGUCUCCUGCAUGCACUCAGGAGUCUGGUGUUGCACAGAUGUUGUCAUGCAGUCAAUCCGCAAGAGCUCACAUCUCUUACUCAGCCGAGAGCCUCAUUCAGUCGCAGUCCACUAACAGUAAGAAGGACUCCAGCAAAGAUGCAUCAUUCUCAGGCGGUCCCUCACUUGGUGGAAGACAGCCGUCGUACCAACCGUCUCUGCCACAUCAGAACAUGCAUUCUCAUCAUGUUGCAGCGAGUACACCUCAGGCUAGUCAACAGCCCAUACCAAGCCCAGGUCCCUCGCCCGUUACGCCCGAAAGUAGGCAGCACACGUUGCAUCCGUCCUCGUCAUGCACUACAGGAAAUGCUUCGUAUCACACGGUGGUCAGCGCUGCGUCACAGCAAAGCAGCAGUCACCAGCAUAACCCCAGUACCAUGACACGAGUUCAUUCCGAGGGCAGACCACGUUCACAGCGAACUCCAUCCUCUACAUGCGCAACUGCAAGCACAAGCUAUCACACUGUGGCGAGCACUGCACAGCAAAAUCUCAGUCCAGUACCUUGUGCUGUGACCUCAGAAAGCAGGACCCACACCCUGCAUCCACUGCCACCGUCAUCAUGUGGAUCGCUUGGUACCUACCACAUGACAACAGCGCAGAGGAAUUCGGCAGGUAGCUCUGUGCGGUACCCUCCUCAAGCAUACAAGGACAAUGUGCCUCAUUCAAGUUCCUGUGCAUCGCAGCUGCCCCAACACAUGAGUCACAGCUAUCAGCAAAAUACAGAAAAGAACCCUAUUCAUGGUGUGAUGGCUCAAAACUACCCUUACCCCAACUUUUCAACUGGACAUCAAAGCCCAUCAUGUUUUGGUCCCUAUCCACCACCUCCACCUACGUCAGUUGGGAGAAUGAAUUCGAGCUGCCUCCAAACAAAUCCACGCCAGGCUAGCUUUGGAGGCCACGUCCCCACUCCGGGAGGGCAGCAGCACCAACAGCAAGGGUGCUUGUUUUCAAGCACAGCAAACAGCCCCAUAAUAUCGCUUCCUCCAGAUCUGAGUGCCCAAUGUUCUGGGCCCUCUCCUGUUUUCAGCAGCCUGCCACAGCACUGUAGCCAGCCACCACACCUUGUUAACAACCUCAUUCCUACACCAUUCCAAAUGUCUGGAGCCCAGACAGGAAAUUCAGUACCUCCACCAAUUUUAGGGGAAGUUGAGAAGCGUCGUGAGAAAGGUGUUGCAGAUGGAGGACACUGUGCUGAAGCUGAGAAGCAGAGCAAGUCAUCAAAAUCAAAGAAGGGCAAAUCUUCCUCGAGCAUGACCACUCCCGUGGCGCCUCCAUACUUCCCGGAUUUCUCGAGAAGCGAAUCUCAUCCCCUGCCACCGCUCCCUCCAGUCUCUUCGUCUCUACAGAAGCCACUUCAUAGUGCACCACCAGCGUGGCAGCAGAGCAAGCCCCCGUCACACUGCAUUGACAAUGAGUGCGGACCCCUGUUUCGGCCGCAGUCGCAGAACAGCAUCAACAUCAACUUCCAUGCGCCCGGUCCACCACCGUUCACGGUAAAUCACCAUCACCACCAUCACCACAGCCCAACGCAGAGGGUCCCACAGGUGGCACCAAAUGCAAUGCCCAGUGGCGUUUCGCAGAGCCAUCGUGGGAACUGUGCUGUUGCUCCAUCACAUCACGUGCCGAAUUUCAACCUCAGUAAUAUUUUCCCUGAUAUUGGAACAGGGCCAAACGAUGCCGUGAUUUCAUUGGGUGCGCCAGUUAAGCUUCAGUUACAACAGGAACAUGGUGCUGGUGCAGGGCAGCAGUCCAGGGGAGCGUCCGCACAUUUUUAUCCAUCAGGAAGGGUGUUGCACAAUUCUUUCAAUCCAAUCCUUCCGCCGCACAACAAUUUCGUUCCUCCGAGUCACCAUCCUCCAUCGUUCUCUAAUGUUAUUCCCCCGCUUUCAUUCCCCAUGCAUGAACACUGAAUUUCUUGACCCACGUUCAGACUACUCCAUUGCUCAUGUAGUGUGUUAUGGUUACAGAUAGAGUCUCUAAGGUGAUUUCUCGUGCGUCACAUCAGAGAGCAUGUAAAUUUUUGCUGGCAUUACGGUGUUAUACAUAAGUGCUACGUGCACAGUGAUGCUGUGAUUGCUAGGGUUCCCAGUGACAAGUGUGAUAUUUUAGUCAGUUACUGCGAAGUUUUUGUUGCAUAUUUUGAAGAAUAGAUUCAGACGUUCUCGUGUCAUCCUUAGCACAAGCAGCUGCCUGAGAAAUGUAUCAUUAGAACGCACGAAAGCUUGCGUGUUAGGGUUGGGGGCUGUUAAUUUGGGGUGUGCAAAUAAAAUUUCAAUGCAAAAGCAAGUACUAAUAUCGAUCAGUAUUUUGGGAGAAAAAGUCUUGGAAGCUUACGUGCUUGCAUAUUACAAGACCUACUAAAGUAAGUGUCUAUACUGGAUGCAUGUUGAAAGCGAUAGUCAGCCUCAGUGAAGCCUGAUAUUUAAGAUUCAUCGAGCUUGCCAUUGUACAUGUUACUUUAAAACUAUCGGAACAGAUACGUGUGUUCAAAAGUACCAAAAAGUUGCACAUGCUUAAAAUUGUUAGUACUAGAGCUUUUUUCUUUUUCUGUGUGAUAUAGCACGUCUUGCAAAAGAAUUCAUUUCUAUUGAAAUAUGGGAUGCGGAUGACUCUUGGUGACAGUGAUACAGUCACUGUGGAAGUGUAAGUUUAAACGUACUGAGUUUUGAUAAUAAGCUGAUAAAGGCUAUGCAAGGGUAUUUGGUACCUGUGUAGGUAUCGUCAGCACUGACAUCCAUGGGUACACCAGGAAUUGUGUGUUGUAUGAGGUUACCAUGCAUCAUGGCCAUAACACAAUGCAGGAGGUCACUAGGGUGCUGUGUCACACUUUUGAGAACGUCCCUAGUGCAGAAAUAAAUCUUAAUCUAUUUCACUAGCAACCGUAGAGCCACUGGAAUAGAUACAUUUUUUGCAAGUUUUCAUGGAUCUGGUACGAUGGAUUGGAUUGUUUCACUUUUUGCUAAAUUAAAAUAAAAAAUUAAAUGUUUUUUGGGCUUUGUGGGGGUGUUACACUCCUUAGAAUCCUGCCCAAGUUACUGAUGGGUCAUUCCAAGUUGAAGGUUUAUGAAUCUUCGUUUAUGCCCUUGUGGGAACACGUUUGUGUCAGCUGCAACUCAUAUUUUGAUACUGAUUGCUACUGUUCUCUCAAAUACACAAUUAUAGUGUAUAUAUAAUCUGUGUGUAAAGUGGCUCGUAAAGUUCUCCAUGUCUGAAUUCUCGCAUCUGUCAAAGUAGCCAAGUGGCUUUCAAGGACAGUGUAAGUUUUACUGAGUACACUACUGUAGUGAAACUGUUGCAAGAAAUGUUUAGGAACGACAUACAUUUGCAUCAAAGUUCUUAUUAGCUGUUCUUUGAACGUGUCUGUGUGUGUGAGUGCUGUGUUGUCAGAGAAUUGGCACAGCAUAAGGAAUAUCAAUAUGAAGGGUUUUUUGGCCUGGAGCAAAAGCCAGUUGAUAGAUCUGACUACUUAUAACAUCCCCAAUACCUUCCACCUAAGGAAAGGGAAUCUGAAAAUUUAUUGCACAAAACAUCAGUUGAAAGCACAAGGCAUCAAAGCAGCAUUGAAAAAGAAAAAAACACUUGAAGAACUGCAGGGGAUCCACAACCCACAUUCAUCUCUUGCACCAAUGCGAACAAAAAUGUCCCUGCAAACCAUCCUGCAAUGAAACCUUGCUAUUUUGUGACUUAGCAUUCAAGUGUAGUUUUCUUUAAAAAAUCUCUGAUAGCAUCUUUCAUCAUUCAAGUGUAGUUUACAAAAAAAAAAAGAAAAUACUAAUAGCACCUUUCAUUUUUCACUUGUGUUCUGUGCUGGGAAUCCUGGAUGUCACUGCCACGUAUACACAGUCUUUUUCUUGUUGGCACACUAGAUCCAUCAAAAAUAUGGGUGAACUUGUGGGGAAGCGUGUCACUAUGGUAUGCAUUACAUGCAGUGUGGAAGGUACGCACCAUGUGAAUGAAAAAAUGCGAAAUGAAGAGUUUUGUUCUGUUAUGUACACUGCUUCUUGUUUUACAAUACUCCUCUUGGUAUGUGUUAUAUCUCUUUGAAACCAACGAAACUUGGAUUUGGUUAUACUACAGCAUUAUACUCCAAUGCAACUGUACCUCAAACAGGAACAUUUCUAUGAACAGCGUUGUUUGUCACUACGCUUUCCAGCCAGCUAGUUAGGACAGAUUGUAUUUUAAGCACAUGGGUAUAUUGAAUGAAUUCACUGGCCCUGUUCUCAUGAGAUCACUUAGAACAAACUGGACGGAGUUAGUAAACACAGUUCACUCACGUAACAAGCUUCGAGCACUAGCUUGGUCCACUUCUGACUGGUUGGGCCUAAGUAGGUUCACCUGCAGAACCCAUGUAAACAACACUUUGGGGAGCACCUAGCUCCUCACAGUAGGAAAAGUGCUCUACAGAUCUCUCUGCACAUCCUUCCUCCUCCUCCUCCUCCUCAUUUUCCAGCCUCUCACCUCCCUUUUCCCUCCUGCUUGGAACGGUCCAUGUAGACACAUCCUGACGCAUUGACAACCAUAGUAACCUCGUGCAUUCUUUUGCUGUUUUGAGCUGUUUGUUGAUGGGACGAGCCUGGUACAUUAUUGCAAAGUUCCACUGCCUGGAAAGCUCUUUUGAGUUAAGGAAUGUGAAAAAGAGAGGCAUACACACAUGUCAAGGCUGAUGAUGGCAGGAUACAUUCAAUGACAUUGCCAACAGAGUCUGAACUCCUUGGCGUGCUGGAUGCAACAUUUGUAAAUAGGUUUAUUUUUACAGAAACAUUUUUGGAAAAUUUUGACAAAUGCUGUACCUUAAAUCUUUUACAAUGGUAGUCCAGAAGCUCUUUUUUUUAUUGUUUUUGGUAACAUAAGCUUGCAAUUAGACAUGCAAUACUACUGUUUUACCUGCUGUCACAGGCUUUACGAAUCAUUGUGCAGAAAAUACAAAGAUGUUUACAGUGCUAUGUUGCUGCUGACUCCCAUAAGUAGAUCACACAAAACUUUACGUGACAUCCUGUACUUUCAAAUUUUAUGUGCUGUGCCAUUAUACAGGCAAGACAAAAAGGUUCCACUAUAUGCCCCCUUACUACAUAUUUCAAUUUGCUUUUGUUCUGCACAGGCAAAACUAACUUCUGGGGAGUGGCGUGAACUAUGACAUGCGGAGGAGAAAUGUUUUUCUUUUCUUACCACUGUCUACAAUGUUCUGAGUGGAAAUGUCAUUUCACCACUGUGUAUAGAGUUACUAUAUGGCGUGUACAUAAUACUGUAAUGGGGAGACAGUAGGUGCACAUAAUUCCAGUAUAGUUAUACGCUUGUAUCAUGUCACAGUAGCAACGUUGUAUACUUUCAUGUACUACUCUCAUUGUGGUUGCAACAACUUUUAGCUGGUGCAAAUCUUCGAUUUUGAUAUUCUGCUGCGUGUGCUCAAGACAAACUACACCUUACAAUGUGUCUAUAUUUAUUCACCAUAUUGUCAGAUGCUUGCUGCCACACAACCGUGUAAAUAGGGCUUGUUCACAGUUGCAUUAACAUGUGGAAGAGCAUCUUCUGCACACUUAAUGUGCUCUCCAUGAACAUCAGGUUCCAGCUGCUCUUGCAGCCACAUGGUCCCCCCACUCACACUGUUAUUUGCUACACUGUCGUUUGUAGUUGAUUUCCAAAAGAAUGCUUUGCAAUAAUGGCUGUGAGAUCCUGUAAAUAUGCUGCUGUAAAUUAUUAAUCAUGUACAUUAUCUCACUGUAUAGACAGACAUUUCAGAACUGGAAUGUUUGCAAGUGUUGAUUAUUUUAAAUGAAAAUAAAGCACUUUGUAUCUGUCUGGUUAAAAUACAAGA